GUUAUGUAUACGUUUCGGUGUUAAUCACAAGGAUAGGAUCAAGUAUGACAAUGAUUUAAAAAUUCUUAAUGCAUUUUUAGACUGCCGAUAUUCUUCGUGGACAUGGAAUCUGUCGUAGCUAGUGUAGACAAUAUUAGAUUCGAUAUAGAAAUUGCGUUAGAGCAACAACAUGGAGCUUUACCUUUGCCUUUUCCUGGCAUGGAUAAAUCUAUUGUGGCUGUGUGUGAAUUUUAUGCCAAAGGAAGUUGUGCCAAAGGGACUGCAUGUCCUCUGAGACAUGUCAGAGGGGAUAGAACUAUUGUAUGUAAGCAUUGGUUGAGAGGUCUAUGUAAAAAGGGUGAUCAUUGUGAGUUUUUGCAUGAAUACGAUAUGACAAAAAUGCCCGAAUGUUACUUCUAUUCACGAUUCAAUGCCUGUCACAACAAGGAAUGCCCUUUCCUUCAUAUUGAUCCUGAAAGUAAAAUGAAAGACUGUCCUUGGUAUGAUAGAGGUUUCUGUAGGCACGGUCCUAAUUGUAGGCAUCGCCAUGUCAGAAGAGUGUUAUGUAUGAAUUAUUUGGCAGGUCUGUGCAUAGAAGGACCUGAUUGCAAAUUUAUGCACCCAAGAUUUGAGCUUCCUGCAGCUGAUGCUACCCAGAGAGAUCCCAAAAAGCUGUUGAUAGUUUGUCAUUUUUGUGGAGAUCCUGGGCAUAAAGCACUCUUCUGUCAUAAAAUGCCCCAAGAAAUGAGAGAAAAUGAAGCUCGUUUGCAAGAACAAAGAGUGGCAAAUGGAGAAGAUGGUCAAAUUCCUGCUUCUUUGCUUAAAUCUGGAUUAAAACCUCUAGAGGAAGUAACGUGUUACAAGUGUGGCUGCAAAGGCCAUUAUGCCAACAAGUGCCCUAAAGGUCAUCUGGCUUUCCUCACUCUAAGUCAAGCUCAAAAGAAAGCAGCACAAAGCUGACCUGGGAAAGAUCUUUAAAAGAAAAUAUCAAUGAUGAAAUUUGAUAACAAGCACCUGGGGUGCAGUAUCUUGAAGUAUACACUUCUCUAGCUAGAUACAAUUUUUACUAUUUGAACUUUGGGAACUUGAAUCUUGUACAAAGAUUCAAGUACAGUGGUUUUACCACAGGUGCCUAUCAAGAGUUAUUAUAUAUUUAUGGAAUAUUUUAGCUUUUUGCCAACAUAAAAAAUGUAAUGGUAUGAAGGCAGCAUUACUGUGUGUAAAUAUUAUGAAAUAAAAAUAAAUCUUAAUUUGAAAAACAAACCAGUUAUUUCAAAUGUAUACAUGCAAAACAUUUAUAAAAAAUAUGUACUCAAAUAAUUUUCCAUUUUCAUUGUUUAAUGGAUGUAAUUUAGCUGAUG